UCCCAGGCUCAGCUCUCCAUAUGGAUGUAUACAGGGCUGACAGGACCCCCCAGCACCCGCCAUGAACUUCUCCCCUUGCAGCCUUUACCUCAGCGGGAGAGCCCAGGAAUGAAGUGUGUGGGAGGGGACCGGGGAGGGGACAGCCCCCGGGAGAGAGGAGUGUUGGGCGGGGAGCCGGCGCUGUGUCCGCCGCUGGCUCCGGGCUGUGCACAUUCAGCAGUGGGCAGUCUCUGGGCUCCCCCGGCCGUGCACCAUGGCGGCCGCUGUGGUAGUGACCGGGAGCAGCAGUUGCAGCGGUAGUAGUGACACGUCCAGCACCAGCGAGGAGGAGAAGAUGAGGCGGCUCUUCCAGACCUGUGACGGGGACGGCGACGGCUACAUCAGCAGGAAUGAUUUAUUAAUGGUUUGCCGACAGCUGAACAUGGAGGACUCUGUAGCGGAGAUCAUGCAUCAGCUUGGGGCCGACGAGAGUGGGAAGAUCUCAUUUCACGAUUUCACCAAAUGUCGUAUGCAACUUGUGCGAGAGAUCAGAAAGGAGGAAGUAGAUUUGUCUGAUGACUCGUGCAAGAACAAAAAGAUGCGUGACAGAAUAACCUCUUGGCCAAAUGGAAGUGACCACAGCCUAGGUGCCUUAUCCGGAGCUCGGGAGAGCUGGGAAUAUGAUUCUGGGGCACGAGAUCUACAAAGUCCAGAUCCGCAGAACCAUUCAGUUAUGCAGAAAUUUUUGGAGUUUGGUGGGAAGCCCACCACCCAAGCAGCCCUACAGAGACUUCUUUCUCAAAGCUCUUGUCUUACCAACAAUGUAGGUGGGAGCUACCUGGAGCUUGCAAACACUCUCCAUCUAGCAGCCCUGGCUUCCUUGAAAGGAGACAUAGUGGAGUUAAAUAAGCGUCUUCAGCAGACUGAGCGGGAAAGGGACGGUUUAGAGAAAAAGCUUGCUAAAUCUCAGUGUGAACAGUCUCAUCUGAUGAGGGAACACGAGGAUGUGCAAGAGAGGACAACGUUACGAUACGAGGAAAGAAUCACUGAGCUGCACAGCAUUAUUGCAGAAUUAAACAAAAAGAUUGACCGCCUCCAAGGGACAACUAUUAGGGAAGAAGAUGAGUAUUCUGAGCUGCGGUCAGAACACAGUCACAGCCAGCUUGAAGCCAAUGAGGACUCUCGUAGCAUGGACCAGGACCAGACAUCUGUGUCUGUACAAGAGAAUCAGUCCACAGUGGUCACAGCGGAUAUGGACAACUGCAGUGACCUGAACUCCGAGCUACAGAGGGUACUGACUGGCCUAGAAAAUGUUGUCUGUGGGCGAAAGAAGAGUAGCUGCAAUUUGUCAGUUGCUGAAGUUGAUAGACACAUUGAGCAACUCACAACAGCCAGUGAACACUGUGACCUGGCCAUUAAGACUGUGGAAGAAAUAGAGGGUGUUCUGGGUCGGGAAUUAUAUCCUAAUUUGGCAGAAGAAAGGUCGCGAUGGGAGAAAGAGCUGGCUGGUCUACGGGAAGAAAACGAAAGUCUCACUGCCAUGCUCUGCAGCAAAGAGGAAGAUCUCAACAGGACCAAGUCUACUAUGAAUGCCAUCCGUGAAGAAAGGGAUAGACUUCGUCGAAGGGUGCGGGAGCUGCAGACACGGCUACAGAGUGUUCAGGCCACAGGUCUUUCUAGUCCUGGUCGCCUCACUUCAGCAAGUAGACCAGUCAACCCAAGCACUGGAGAGCUUAGCACAAGCAGCAGCAGUAAUGACAUUCCCAUAGCUAAGAUUGCUGAACGGGUAAAGCUGUCAAAAACCAGGUCUGAGUCGUCCUCAUCGGAGAGGCCAGUUCUUGGCUCAGAGAUUAGCAGUAUUGGGGUGUCAAGCAGCGUGGCUGAACACUUGGCUCAUUCUUUACAAGAUUGCUCCAAUAUCCAAGAGAUCUUCCAGACACUUUACUCUCAUGGUUCUGCCAUAUCUGAGAGUAAAAUCAGAGAGUUUGAGGUAGAGACUGAAAGGUUAAAUAGUCGAAUCGAGCACUUAAAAUCCCAGAAUGAUUUGCUGACGAUAACACUGGAGGAAUGUAAAAGCAAUGCCGAAAGAAUGAGCAUGCUAGUGGGGAAAUAUGAAUCGAACGCAACUGCUCUGAGGCUGGCUUUACAGUACAGUGAGCAGUGUAUCGAGGCAUAUGAAUUAUUGCUGGCACUAGCAGAAAGCGAGCAGUCUCUCAUUCUGGGACAGUUCAGAGCUGCCGGAGUUGGAACUGUAGCUGAGCAAACUGGGGAUGAGAACAUCACGCAGAUGCUAAAGAGAGCACAUGACUGCAGGAAAACUGCGGAGAAUGCUGCAAAAGCUCUAUUGAUGAAGCUGGACGGCAGCUGUGGAGGUGCCUUUGCAGUCACUGGAUGUAGCGUCCAACCCUGGGAAAGUCUGUCCUCAAAUAGCCAUACAAGCACCACAAGUUCUACAGCCAGUAGCUGUGACACAGAGUUUACAAAAGAGGAUGAGCAGAGGUUGAAGGAUUACAUUCAGCAGCUGAAGAAUGAUCGGGCUGCAGUUAAACUCACAAUGCUGGAACUGGAGAGCAUCCAUAUUGAUCCUUUGAGCUAUGAUGUAAAGCCACGGGGAGACAGCCAGAGACUAGAUUUGGAAAAUGCUGUCUUGAUGCAAGAGCUUAUGGCCAUGAAGGAAGAAAUGGCUGAGCUUAAGGCACAGUUAUACCUACUAGAGAAAGAGAAGAAAGCCAUGGAACUGAAACUCAGUACUCGAGAUGCCCAAGAACAGGCCUACCUGGUACACAUUGAGCACCUCAAAUCUGAAGUGGAAGAGCAAAAAGAGCAGAGAAUGCGGUCACUGAGUUCUACCAGCAGCAGCGGCAAGGACAAGAUGGGAAAGGAUUCCAUCGAUGGAACAUCUUUGUCCUUGUCUGAGUUGAGAACUUACAGUGAUGCUGAACUAGCAACAGAGCUCACAGGUGCACUAAAAAGGGAAAAAAAGCUUAAGUCUCGGGCACAAGAACUAGUGAGUGCCUUAGAAAGACUUACAAAGAGCAGUGAAAUCCGUCAUCAGCAGUCAGCGGAGUUUGUCAAUGACUUAAAGAGAGCCAAUAGCAACCUUGUGGCAGCUUAUGAAAAGGCAAAGAAGAAACAUCAGAAUAAACUGAAAAAGUUGGAGUCUCAGAUGAUGGCGAUGGUGGAGAGACAUGAGACACAAGUGCGAAUGCUGAAGCAGAGGAUAGCUUUACUAGAGGAGGAGAACUCCAGACCUCAUACUAAUGAGACCUCUCUGUGAAGCAUCAGGCAGUGCCCGCUGAUGGCUUCUCCUGUACCCAAAGCACUGCUCUUCAGCACUCUGCUCCUGGGUGUGACUGGUUGUACAAUACACUCGCUCUCCACAUACUGCUCGCAGGAACAUACAGAAAUACAUAUCCUCUUUGUGAUGGUUCAGAACUCUGUUUUAAGACACUGGUGUGUGCCAAAAGGAUGUUACACUUCCAUAAGAUGAGAUGUCCCAUGCCAUGUGUUCCAUGCAAAAAGAACUGGAUGCUCCUGAGCAGAGUUGCACCUUUUGUUUUUUUCAGUUUAGGAGUAUGAAAACUUUUAUUAUACUCUGGAGGACUGGGAGAGGUGCUGUCACGAACAGCAAAUAACUAUAGCAUCAAGCUACUGGUGAGAGGAUUCUCCAGUGUCUUUAACCAAUACAUUGAAAUGCUGCAUCAGCUCAGCCAGAUGGGCGCUCACCCUACAGCUUUAAUAUGUUCAUAUAAACUGAUGCAGAGAUAGUUUUUCUUAGUACACUGUGAGUAAAAGUGCUUUGAUUUUCCUUCUC